ACUCUUAUAGUCUCGCGAGGACACGGUAAGGCUUAACGCCAAGCGAAUUUAAGGGAGAUGGGAAGAAAUGAGGUCUGAUAAGGACCAAAUGACCGCGGGUAAGGAGAAAAGCAUCUUCGAGAUACAAUUAAAAGACGUCCCAAGAGAGCAAGAAAACAUUCCCGCCAACGCUAAACCGAAAGAAGAGAAGAAGGAGGUUUUUACGAAGGUGGUUAUUCGAAGACUCCCUCCUAGCCUGUCAAAGGAACAACUGGAAGAGCAUCUCAGUCCUCUUCCCUCUUAUGACUACUUUGAGUUUUUCCCAGCAGAUCAAAGUCUCUAUCCCCACCUCUUCUCCCGAGCUUAUAUCAACUUUAAAAGCACAGAAGACAUCCUGCUGUUCAGGGAUCGAUUUGAUGGCUAUGUCUUUAUCGACAAUAAGGGUCAGGAAUACCCCGCUGUGGUAGAGUUUGCGCCUUUCCAGAAGAUUUCCAAAAAGAAGCUGAAAAAGAAAGAUGCCAAAGCCGGAAGCAUUGAAGAAGAUCCAGAAUACAAGCGAUUUUUGGAAAACUACUCCUGUGAUGAGGAGAAGUCCAUGGCCAAUCCUGAGACUCUUCUUGGGGAGAUAGAAGCUAAGACCAGAGAGCUCAUUGCCAAACGAACAACGCCUCUCCUGGAGUACAUCAAAAAUAAGAAAAUCGAAAAACAGAGGAUAAGAGAGGAGAAGAGAGAGGAGCGAAGAAGAAGGGAGCUUGAAAAGAAAAGGCAACGGGAGGAAGAGAAACGAAAGCGGCGAGAGGAGGAGAGACGCAAGCGGAAAGAGGCAGAGAAGCAGAAGAAACUGUCCGAUAAAGACAUCAAGAUUAAGCUCCUAAAGAAGAGCGACAGAGACGACGACGUUGACUCGGACCGAAUGAAGGAAAAAAGCGAGCCUUGUGACGCAGGUGUGGGCAAGUGGGAGAAAACCGGAGGACAAAUGAAGUCGAAAGAACCAAAAGAAAACAGAGGUCAGGCUGAGAGCGACAAAGAGCAGAGAGAUCAGCACGGCCGCAGGCAGAGAGAUAAGGAUCACCGCGGCAAGGACGAGGAGAGGAAACGGCAACGCCACCACUACGAAUUUGACAAAUUCAUGCGGCGGAAAGAUGAGACCAAAUGGGGGAAGGGCUACUGCCAGGACCGAGCCAAGAAAGAGGGCCAUCAUCACAGCUACUCUUACUGCCCUGACGGGGCAGACAAAAUGGGAAAGGAGGACAGGGAGGACCUGAGCAACAGAAAGGAGCGCCUCCGAAACAAGGUGAGCGAGAAGGACCGUCCUGCCAUGCAGCUCUAUCAGCCCGGCGCGCGCAACAGGAAGCGCAUGAGUUCGGCUAAUAAAGGCUAUGACUGCCUCCCUAUCGGUCAUUCCCCCGAAUGCAGGACGGAGCAUUGUUAUGAGGUUGUUGCCAUGACAGCGGGGAUGGAGAGGGGGUUUGAGAAAAGCAAAGACGAGCAGUGAAUACUCUAGGUCUCAAGAGGAAAGUCAUGGGGCAUAAAAAUCAGUUUUAAAGGGAAGCUGCUGUCAUUGGUUGACUGAUUUCUUUCUUCCUGUUUGUAGGUUGGUAAUGAAAUUGUAUCUGUGGAACUUUCUUCAUGCUAUCUAGCUUUCAGACCCGUCAACUUUUAAGGUACUCUGCUCUCGCUCUUUGUGGUACAGAAGCGUCUCAGUUAAGACAUCCCGAAAAAAAUGUACUUUCAAGACCGAUGACCUUGCCUUCUGCAUGGGAACUUCCUUCCAACAUCUAGCAUAUUUUGUCAUUUGUGUUGUUUUUAGUAACCUUAUAUAUUUCUAUUAAUAUAAAAAAUAUUGUUGGUAAAACUGACAGACAACAGAUCUUUUAAAAAAAAUAAGGUAAGAAAUCUCAUUUACUAUAUGUACAGGCAACCAGCAGACUACACAUUGAUUAUUAAAUCCAAUUUCAAUGCCACAAUUUAUUUUUAUUUAUUUUUUUGUCAGUAAUGCUUUGUACACAAUCAACUACAGCGCCACAAGAAAGUAUCCCUUUAUGCUUUUCCAUAUUUUUUUGCAUUAGAUCCGUCUUAAAACUGAUCUGAGUGUAGUUUUAUCUCAUAUAGCUUACUAUAUUUAGUUUACUUAUAGUAUAGUUUUCUAUAAAAAUGUUAAAACAGAUUUUCCGACAAUUUUGUAAGUAAGAAAAGAAAACAAAUACAGUAGGUGCAUAAGUACUCACUAAAUCGGAUCACAACUGAUGAGCGGCAGCAACAUUUGAUGAAUUUUGUGGCUGAACGUGAUUGGACACAUUUCUCCACACAAGGUCCUACAGUUGACGGAGCAGAGCAAAAACCAAGCAGUGAAGUCAAAAGAGUUUUCUGUAAGACCCCCAAAGACUGGAUUCUAUUAAAUCACUAAAACUGGCAUCCAUCACCACUGUCAUUUUUUUUGGUAAUGCAUCAACGGAAGCCUUAUCCAGGACCUUUCAUAGACCCGAUACUCUGAAUCUCAGACAAAGGU